AUGACGUCGAACACACUACAUCAACUCCGUAGUCCUCGUGAUCGAUCGGACGUCAGGUGGCAAACAGGUCCAGCGAACCUAUACCCUGGUAUGGUAAGAGUGCUGUCCCUGCCCACCUUGUCGAUCCUCCUCAACCAACAACUCCCCUAUCUGAUCUUUUCAACGAGCAAGACUCACACUCGCAGCCCCACUGCUCAAGAGAUUUUUGGUCUUGAACUAGCUCUUGUGUCAGCAGCACCUUACAAGCCAGUCCUCAGGACAUAUACAUCCAUUGAAACAUUGGCUGACUCAAAGGGACCAAAAUGCCCCAACAACACAUUCAAAGAUGCGAAAGCUGCUAAGGCUAGGGAGGACCAGUAUAGAGAUGAGGUUGCGGUUCCUGACCUCGCCGACUGGGAUUGGCUGUCCCAGCAACAAGUCCUCCACAUCACAUAUGAUCCGGAAUACCGAAAGGUGUACCAGAACUGGAUUAUUGAGAUGGCUGAGGCCAAUGCAAAAGAGCUGCUCAACACAGGCCAGGCAGAAAGUGGCUUUACCGUCAUCAGGAUUGGGAGGCCAACACAGGCCCCUCCAAGGAUCUUCGUGUAG